AGUACGGCUGGGCCAGCAAGUGAGGAAGCUGUAUGACGGCUAUUUACUUCAGUGACUGUUCUCUGCUAGUGAUCAGCAGCGAAUUUACCUUCGAUUUUGGACCCUGCAGAUGUUAUGUCCAAAAUAUUUCGAAACUUGGCAGUUCCUAAUGGCAACAAGAACCUGGCGGUGUCCGAUGGGGAGCUGAACGCGGGCCAUCGGGAUGGCCGGGGCAGCAGUCACAGCCUGAACUCGGGUUCGAACCUGGCAGGGGGUGGGGGAACGUGCCGGAGCCUGGGGGCGGUGGCCAGCUGGGCCGUCAGUUUCGAGAGGCUGCUGGCGGAUCCCGUUGGCGUGCGCUACUUCACGGCUUUCCUGGAAUCAGAGGUUAGCGUGGAAAACAUCCAGUUCUGGCAGGCGUGCGAAAAGUUCCGGCACAUUCCGGCCAGCCAGAAAGAGGAGCUGACGCGCGAUGCCUGGAGAAUUUUCGGCACGUACCUCUCGAGGAGAGCCACCUGCCCCAUCAACAUCGACGACACGGCCCGUGUUCAGGAGAAAGACUUGGAGACCCCUAAGCCGGACAUAUUUGACAAAGCUCAGCAACAGAUCUUCAAGCUGAUGAAGUUUGACAGCUACACGCGUUUCGUGCGAUCCCCAAUCUACCAGAGCUGCAUGCUGGCCAAUGUGGAAGGCAGACCCCUUCCGGAGCCCUGCCAGGCGGCCAAGAGCCCGGAACCGAGAAGGAGCCAAGCGACGGACUGCCCUUCCUCCAGCGACAAGAGCAAAAAGAAGCUGAUGCCGGGGAAGCUGGUACCCUUCAGUGUCGAGUCUGCUGCGGAAAAGAGGAGAUGGACCCCUGGGAAGAAGGCGGAGGAGAAACGAUGGGACAAGAGGGGAUCGUGGGGAGCAGAGAUCGGAGACAAUUCCCUCUUUGUGGGUCCGGAGCGGCAGGGCAUGACCAGGUCCUCCAGCGGCGUGCAGUGGACGUCUACUUCCAGCAAAUCAGACACGCAGCCAUCCAGUCUCGGUCACCCUGAGCGUGUGGCGUUGGGGUUGACGGAGAAGUACUGCUGCGUGUACCUCCCCGACGGGACGGCGUCGCUGGUGGCCACGCGGGCCGGCGUCUCCGUACGGGACAUGCUGGCCGUGCCGUGUAAGAAGAGGGGAAUCCCCUUCAAUGAUGUCACCGCCUACCUCCAGAGUAACACCAAGGAGCCUCUCUCCAUGGACCUGGACAGCUACGUCCUGAAGGAGCAGCAGGUGCUGCUGGAGCUGCAGGUGACCUUUCUGGUGGAGGUUGCGUUUCCCAGGACGAUCGUGAAGGUCACGCAGAAAAGCAGCAAGACCCUGGGAGAGGCGCUGCUCCGCGUGAUGCAGGAGCACGGCAUACAGCCGGAGGAGGCCGUGGUUACCAUGACUGGAAGUAAAGACGCUUUGGACACAACCAUGAAUAUAACGUCUCUGGCCAACAAGAAGCUACAGCUAGACAAAGCACGAAGCAAGAGUGAAACCGGCCGCCUGGGAGUCAGUGAUCAGCCCGCCCUCCACCAGAGGCAGCCAGCGACAGGCCAGACCCUAUCUGCUGAUAAACUCAGACCCAAUUCAAGGCGCAGGAACGCGACUGUGAGGAGGACCUACGACAUGGAUGGUCUGAUGGAGCUGCUGAACAGAGCACAGUGGUGCAGCGCCGACGACCAGCGAGGGCUAUUGUGCAAAGAUCACUUGGAACUGCCGGAGUUCCUGCAGCUCCCACUGGUGGAGUGUGAGGAGGAAGGGCAGGAGGAGAUAGAUGAUCUACAAGCUGACUUCUCCCUCCCUACCUCGCCAUCAGAGAGAGUCCCCAGACGGACGAGAUCCACCUCGUCGGAUCCCGGAAGUUUGUUUAUGUGCUCUGAAUCGGCGAGGGAAACGAUCGUCUGAAGAUUCGACGCCCGUCGCGUGGACGGGACGAUUGGGUGAAGUCUCCUCGCCCUUCAUCUCACCAAGUCCUUCAGAAGAUGUUCCUCAGUAUCUGUGGAGGAGUAUCGUUCUCUAACUUCAAAGAAUGCGAGGCUUUAUUAUACAAAUAGCAUUGAGAGCCUUUCACAUGUUAAUUUUCAGAUUAAACGGCUGUUGAGAACAAUGUUAGCACUUUUGAAUUUGACUGUUUCCGACUUGUACUGAUGUACAGAAAAUUUACUUUGUGCACUUUCAGAACUCACUAUGUACCCAGAAGUAUUCUUGGAUGUUGUAGAAGCCAAUGCUGUAAUAACUGGCCAUAAUGUAAUUACUGCAGAUACCAUAGUCAUUUUUCCAUUCUUCAUGUAAUAAGUCAAUAAUGUAAUAACUGGCCAAUCAUGUAAUCCAUUUUGAGAACCAAUACCAUAACUUUUUGCUGAUAAUAUGUUAUUGCCAAUAAAUUUGCUGUAGAUGGGGUGGUGGUGGUGGAAUUAAGAAAAAAAAUAGUAAAAGUUAUUACAUUAUUAACCAGUUAUAUUUUAAUUUAUUACCUUUGUGUUGAUGUUACGUUACUUAUGUUAUUACGUCAUUGGUAUGUUAUUACGUUAUUGGCUGCUACUAACUGUUAGUAUUUCAACUCGCUAGCUGUGGAAUCUAUGUACUUUGCUGAAAUCAUUUAUGCGUUUAACAAUAAUGACAUUGUGCGACUUAAGCGUAUAAGAUGUACCCCUAAAAUACUUGCCUUCCCACAAAUGAAAGAAGCAACACCCUGUUUUUAUGUCAUUGGGAGAAAUGUUUGCAGUUAGAUAUUCCCUCUGUUUUUAAAAAAUGCAAUGUAACAUUACAUCCCCAGCUCAGUAUAAUGAAAUAAUUAUUUGGGGAGUCUUGAAAAGGAAGGAUACAGUUUCCCAAAGUUUUGUUAGUCAGAAAGAUGUUAAGCCAUGACAAAUCAGCAGAUGAUGUGUAAACCUGAUUGUUAAUUUAAUCUCUGUCAAAUAUUUCAUGCUCAAUGCCUGAAUAAGCUUAAUAAACUUUCAGAAUUCUUCA